AUGUCCGCUGACGACGUUUUCGAGGGUGCUAUCGGUAUCGAUCUUGGUACCACCUACUCAUGUGUUGGUGUCUGGGCCAACGACCGAGUUGAGAUCAUUGCCAAUGACCAAGGUAACCGAACCACCCCUUCAUACGUUGCUUUCACUGAGGGAGAGCGAUUGAUUGGUGAUGCCGCCAAGAAUCAAUCUGCCAUGAACCCCAGAAACACCGUCUUCGACGCCAAGCGAUUGAUCGGUCGACGAUUCGAUGACUCUGAUGUCAAGAAGGACAUGAAGCACUGGCCUUUCGCCGUCAUUGACAAAGACGGUUCUCCUUUCGUCGAGGUAGACUACCUUAACGAGAGAAAGACCUUCUCUCCUCAAGAGAUUUCCGCCAUGGUUCUUACCAAGAUGAAGGAGAUUGCUGAAGCCAAACUCGGUAAAACCGUCAAGAAGGCCGUUGUUACCGUUCCUGCGUACUUCAACGACUCCCAACGUCUCGCUACCAAGGAUGCUGGUACCAUCGCCGGUCUCGAGGUUCUCCGAAUCAUCAACGAGCCCACCGCCGCUGCCAUCGCUUACGGUCUUGACGAGAAAACCAAAGAUGAGCGAAAUGUCCUCAUCUUCGAUUUGGGAGGUGGUACUUUCGAUGUCUCCCUUCUUACCAUCACCGGUAAAGUCUUCUCCGUCAAGGCCACCGCUGGUGACACUCAUUUGGGUGGUGAGGAUUUCGACAACACCCUUCUCGAACACUUCAAGGGCGAGUUCAAGCGAAAGAACAAGCUCGACAUCUCCGACGACCCCCGAGCUAUCCGACGAUUGAGAUCCGCUUGUGAGAGAGCCAAGCGAACUCUUUCUUCCGUUACCCAAACCACUGUCGAGGUCGACUCUCUUUACCAAGGUGUUGACUUCUCCUCCAACAUCACUCGAGCUAGAUUCGAAGAGAUCAACGCUGUUGCCUUCAAAUCAACCAUCGAGCCCGUUGAGAAAGUCCUCAAAGACUCCAAAAUCCCCGCCGCCAAGGUUGAUGAUAUCGUCCUUGUUGGUGGAUCUACCCGAAUCCCCAAAAUCCAAUCCCUCGUUUCCGACCUCUUCGACGGUCGACAACUCAACAAAUCCAUCAACCCCGAUGAGGCUGUUGCCUACGGUGCCGCCGUCCAAGCCGCCGUUCUUACCGGUCAAACCUCUGACAAAACCGCCGAUCUCUUGCUUCUCGAUGUCGCUCCUCUCUCCCUCGGUGUUGCCAUGCAAGGUGACAUCUUCGGUGUUGUACUUCCCCGAAACACCCCUAUCCCUUCCAACAAAUCCCGAACUUUCACCACCGUUGAGGACAACCAAACCACCGUCAUGUUCCCUGUUUACGAGGGUGAGCGAACCCAAUGUAAAGACAACAGACUUCUUGGUGAAUUCGAACUUUCCGGUAUUCCCCCUAUGCCCCGAGGUCAAGCCGAGUUGGUCUGUACUUUCGAGGUUGAUGCCAACGGUCUUUUGAAGGUUUCCGCCCAAGACCGAGCUUCCGGCCGAAAAGCUCAAAUCACCAUCCAGAACUCUGUUGGUCGACUCUCUGCUGAGGAGAUGCAAGCAAUGAUCAAGGAUGCCGAGCAAUUCAAGAACGCCGACAAAGAGUUCUCUGCCCGACACGAGGCCAAAUCCGACCUUGAGUCAUACCUCCACACCUGUGAACAAUCCAUCUCUGCUCCUGAGCUUGCUGCUAAGAUCAAGCGAGGAGCACGAGCUGCCGUCGAGUCUGAGAUCGCCAAGGCCCUCGAAGUCCUCGAACAAGAUGACGCUUCUGCCGAUCAACUCAAGAAGGCUCAACUCGGUGUCAAGAGAGCUAUGCAAAAAGCUAUGGCUUCCGCUCGAUGA